CCUCUUGUGGGCAGGAAACCUCCUCUCCGCUGCGUCAGGCCCGUUGUUGCUUAAUCUUCUGUCCCGGUGUCCUUCCUGUCUGUCCACCGGGCUGCUUAUAUAAGCAGACAGUCCCACUGGGGAGGUCAAACAUCUCCUGACUGACAGGACGAACACACGUGUGAAGGUUGAAACGAACCAAUCACAGAUGGAGCUUCUGAGAUCCGCCCUCAUCGUCGCCCUUCUGACCACAUCCUUUGCAAAACCGAUUCGUUCACCUUGGCAUCAUCGUCGCAAUAUCGCUGAAAAGCACCCAAGAUAUGAUUGGCUGGGAGGCCAUAGGUGGUGGCCGUGGUGGAUCUCAGAGUACGACUCUUCAGAGUCCAACUCUGCAGAGUCAGACUCUUCUUCUUCUGAGGAAGUGGUGAUCACUCAUCAGACCACAACAUUCGUCCCAUUCCCUGACACAACGACCACAAGAGGCGUGAGCAUCUCCACCCGUAAUCCAACCUCAAUGAGUACCAGUGGACCGGUGAUGACAGAGACGACGCCCCUUCCCGGUACGACACCCAUGUCCGUUGUCACAUCCACGAAUGGAGUAACGACGGGUGUUACCAAGGUGGUUUCUGUAUCAACCACAAAACGAGGAGACAACUGAGAAGUCGCCCUUUCUGCUAACCAGCAAACAUAUCGAGAACCACAUUCCUCCACAAUAUUUUUGGCUAUCUGCAAGUGUUAAAACUGUUCAAUUGUCAACACCAACAUCCUGAAUCCUUGCUUACAGCACCCAUUAUUCAAAUCAGAAAUGAUGCCAGGGGGCACUGUUUUACACUUAAGUUAUUAUGAAUGAAUAUACCUUAAAAUUUAGUUUAAAACAUCUGAACUUUUGAAGAUUCUAUAUUUACAAAUUCAGGUUUAUGGGUCAGUUAAAUAUUUUAAAGGCAUAAUAAUUUGAUCUAGACUUAUAUUAAUAUAACACAAUGCUAAAAAGUCCUCAGCCAUAUGAGCAUUGUGUUUUUUUUAUUAUUUACAGUUGUUUAAUUAAUUAAGAUCCUAUUGUCUUACAUACAAUUUGUAGCUACAUAUUUAAUAA